AUGCGGGUGGGAAAUGAAAUAACAGCGCGCACCGGCCGAGCUUGUUUGGGCCGCGGAGAGUUUAUGGAGGAGCUGGUGCGAAGGAGGAUGCGGUAGAAGGAAUUUCGGUUGAAGCUCGACUCGGACAGCCUAAUAUUUGGGACGGGAAGGGAGAGAUAGAGAGGAGGGACGAGUGGAGGAUGAGAUUGGGGGGUUUGGAGCGGACGGCUGGAGACUGGAGUUGACAUGCUGCCUGCUUCUCUCUCUCCCUCCCACUUUUUUUGUCCCUUCCCAAACCAGGAAAUCAUCGCUGAGCUGCUGCUCGCUUCCCUCUGAGGGCGGAUUCAUGACCGUCUCGUCCGCGUUUGACCGCUUUUUCUCUCUGUUUUGGCUCUGAUCUGUGAAGAAGCGAACCCUGUGGAGCAGUGGAGAACCUGAGGUCCAGCCAUGAGCGAGUCCAGUAUUUGUCAGGCUCGUGCUACGGUAAUGACCUACGAUGACACGAAUAAGAAGUGGAUUCCGGCAGGUAACGGCCCGCAGGUCUUCAGCAGAGUUCAGAUCUACCACAACCCCAGCACCAACGCCUUCAGAGUGGUCGGCCGCAAGAUGCAGACUGACCAACAGGUGGUGAUAAACUGUCCAAUCACAAAAGGGCUGAAGUAUAAUCAAGCCACGCCCAAUUUCCACCAGUGGCGGGAUGCGCGGCAGGUUUGGGGUUUGAACUUUGGCAGUAAGGAGGACGCCACGCUGUUCGCUAACGGCAUGAUGCAUGCGCUGGAUGUGCUCAGCUCCAUGCCUGACUCAGGAUACGCAACUCUCCCUCGUCCAGUUUCUAACGGACCAUCGCCAGAGGAGCUGGAGCAGCAGAGACGACUGGAGCAGCAGGAGAGAGAACGGCUAGAGAGAGAAAGACUGGACAGGGAGCGACUGGAGAGAGAGCGACAGGCUGCUUCAGUGGUCAUUCCUCCUGCGCCGCCUUUGGCCCCUGGAGCCCCCCCAGCUCCCCCUGGUCCCCCACCCCCUCCUGGGCCCCCACCUCCCCCGGGUCCUCCUCCGUCAGGGGGCGCUCCGCCACCUGCGCCUCCACUACCUGCUCCCACCGGUGGGGGUGGUGGUGGUGGUCCGGGGGGUGGUGGUCUGGCAGCAGCACUCGCAGGAGCCAAGCUGCGCAAAGUAGCCAAGCCGGAUGAAGGUGGUACUGCGCCUCCUCUUCCUGCUGCUGCGGCUCCUGCGGCCGCGCCUCCUAAACCGGACGCCAGCCGCACCAGUGGCGUGCCCAGCGGGGGGGAUUUGAUGGGGGAAAUGAGCGCCAUCCUGGCCAGACGGAGGAAAGCAGCAGAUAAAGGAGAGAAAGUUCCUCCAGCUCCGAAAACAGAAGAACCCAGUAACCAGGACGAUUCUGACGCUCAGGGCCAAACUGAUACUCUGAGGAGGCCGUGGGAGAAAUCUGCCACCAUGCCCAGGAAUAAUUCGGUUCCCAGAGGGCUGGACUCCCCCUCCUUCAGCACCAUGAGCCCCAGGCUGAAAGCUGCAGUGACCACCAACGAAACAGAGAGCGGAGAGGAGUCAGAGUUAGAAAGAAUCAAACAAGAGUUGCUGGAGGAGGUCAGGAAGGAGCUGCAGAAGGUUAAGGAGGAAAUCAUUGGAGCGUUUAUUCAGGAGUUACAGAAGAGGGGCUCCACAUAGACCCCCAGCGUGGGACACACUCCUCCUCCAGUUAGCAGCCCAGGGAUACACACUCACACACACUGAUAACGAACGCAGGGACUUCCUCCGUCAGCGGCUCCACUCUGAGGAUCAUUUUACUCAUUAUCGUUAUUCUCUUAUUCUGCUUCGGCCUUCAUUUGUUCUUCCCUCUCCUCAUUAAAGUGCACCCAU